CACGUCCUGUGUUGAAAAACAUUAACAGUGCAAGGAUUGAAAUAGUGGAUCGACCACUACACAUGCGCAGAACGGGAUAUAUACUUUUUCUUUGUUAAAAACAAUAACAACACAGGGCAAUCCAUGUCAUUUGCUUUCGGAUAGAACAUUGUUUCAAGGAAAGAAGAAGAAGAACAGGACAGUUUUGUGUUUCCUACUAUUACCUUGAGUUCGCUUUCAAUGAACAAGAGACCAUUAUGGAUAAACUAGAAGGGCAGGUGUAUGGGGACUAUAAGCUUGGGAAACUGAUUGGAAAAGGGACAUACGGACAUGUGUAUAGAGCCAGAAGGAUUCUGAAGAAUGGGAGAGCGACGUCCACAGUGUUUGCAGAUGAAGAACUCGCGAUAAAACUGAUAGACAUACAAAACUCCAACGCCAGACACUGGGAAAUGGUGGAGAGAGAGAUAGAGGUACUAGAGAGAGCAGAGGAGAAGAAACACCCAAACAUCGUGUCCUUUUAUGGACAUUUUAAACACAAUGGCGUCCCCUGUCUAGUGAUGGAAUAUUGCGGCGGUGGAACGCUGUACCAGAAAAUCCGGGAUCUCAAGACAGAGGGGAAAUUUAUCAAAGAGGAGGACUUCAUGUCCUAUCUCACACAGAUAGCAUCAGCUGUAGAGGUAUUGCAUGGAAUGGAUAUUAUUCACAGGGAUCUAAAAACAAAGAACAUUAUGCUUACGGCCGACGGACACUGCAAAAUAGGAGACUUCGGCGUUGCUAAGGUUAUUGAACUAGCGGGAAUAAAUACAAAAGGAAUCGGGACACCUUUCUACAUGUGUCCGGAGGUUAUACAAGGGAUACCGUAUGACCAAAAGGCAGACGUUUGGAGCCUCGGAUGCACCUGUUAUGAAAUGGCCACCGGCUGUUACGCUUUUGAUGGAAAAUCCGUACAAGAAAUAAACGCUGUGGUGAAAUCGGGGAAAAUACCUGAAACAACAAAGAUUCAGUACAGUGACGAAAUCAAGAACUUGAUUAUACAAAUGCUGAGCUACAAUGGAGCGUCCCGUCCAACCAUUGGAGGCGUACUUCGUUUUGUUGAAGAUUAUAAAGAAAAAGGAGCAAAAUCUAAAAAAUCAAAGAGCAAAAAAUCCAAGCGACACAAGGAUGAAACUACAUCGACUACCUCCUCUGUUGACAACAGUUUGAAGCUACAAGAGUCAUCAGCUUCCAUAGCAUCCAGAUUCGACUCUAGAAAGGCAUCUGAUAACAAGGCAUUUCUUGAAAAGGAAUCGGCAAAACUUCAGGCAACAUUGGUAAUGGAAAUAAAAAGCCACAAGGCUGCUGAUAUUGUCUCAUACAUUAAGAACCUACAAAAAAGGGGGGUCUCCGAGAGGGAAUUCAAGGAAAAGGUGUUGAAAUAUUUGGACAAAGAUAUGUUUUACAAACUUUAUCCUGUCAUGAAAGCCAUGAAAUGCAUUGAAGAUGGACGAAGAGACAUUCAGACAUCCCUCAACAUGGAACCGGAUGCUUCUACAAUGCUAAUCUCAACACUCGAUUUACAAGACGACUGAGACCAAGGAUUGUGCUUUAUCCACUCAUACAUGUACCCACAAGGCAUAUCCUUCCUUUUAAAAUUCCAUAGCUUCAUACAUGUACAUAAAUCCCACGUGUAAUUAAAACAAGCAAUCCAUAUGCAUGGGGAUUUUUUUGAAGCGAUUGUGGAAAAAACAGUAUGUUAUAUUAGUACAAUAUUCCUUAAUUUCGAGGUUAACCAUAGCCCGAGAAUUUCAAUCUGGAAAGGUGACUGAAUGGCACAUAUAUGCCAUUCAGUCACAUUUCAGUGACCUUUCAGUCACCUUUCAAUUGACUGAAUGGCAGAGAUUCAUCCUGUGUUACAUGUGUAUUUACUGUAGUGAUUCCAUGAAAUUAUGUGCCACUGAACAUGUAAAAAAAAACUAUCAAUGUACGAUUACAUUGACCUAACGAGUUUGAAGAGGCUGUGUGGUCAACAAAUUAUCCAUCAGAUCUUGCCUUAAUUUUCAGAUAUAAUUUUUUAAGAUACAGAUUUUUAUAUAGAAGAGAAAAAUUUGAUAUAUUUUACCUUAAAUAUUUGAAAAUUGUUUGUUAUCUUUAAAUAGAGAGCUCUUUUUGUCAAUAAGAUCAAAAAGCUAUAAAUAAGGUCUCAACCAUCCAGCCCUCCUAAAUGAAUAUGCCCUUUUUUAUGUUAUCUACUUUUAAAAUCUAAACUUAUUGACUAAUUCCGAAUGGUUAUGACUGCUUCCACCUUUACAUAAGCUCUCUCCAACUCCGCCUCUCUUUCCAAAUCCCCAGUUCAAAUAAAUAAUAUUGCCAGAAAUCUAUUAUAAUAAUUUAAAAUGCCUUUGUAAUGAGAUUUUAAAUGAACUACUAGUAUUAUACAUAUACGUGCAUUUGUGCCAGUAACAUUUUGUAAGUAAUUGUUUUCAUCAUUUUUAGCUCUGUACCAUUUUUACGCCAUUAUGCUACCGUUACUUCCGUCCUAUACCUUUCGUAGUAUUACAUUUGGUAUGUAAAUGUUUGUGCUUGUAUGUAACGCACCCAGUUUUAAAGAAAUUCUCAUUAUUUACAGACCAGUUAUGCCCAAACGCAGAUAGCAGAGAACAUGUAUAUGUUUUAUUUAUUCGAAUCUUCAAUGAAUGUAAGCUAGCUCGUCGUUCUUUGAGAAAAUGCAUGUAUUACAUUGUCAUGUUUUAUGUCUUUAUGCAAAUAACAAUUUUAAAUAUGCAUAUUAUAUAAAUUAUGCAUAUUAUAACAGUUUGCUGUCAUUUCAGGUUAUGUGAUGUUAUUUUAUUCCAAUCCCAGGACUUUCAUUCGUAUUUAGAUUUUUUUUUAGAUAUUAAUUCUAUAUUGUAAAUUAUACAAUGCAUGUAUUUAUAAUUUAUGAUCUUUUUGGGGGUUUUUUUAUGCUUUUUAGAUCACUAUGCAUUGAUUAUAUUUGCUGCUAUGCAAUUUGUGUGGAUCAGUGCUAAAUUACAAAUGAUUAAUAUGCCUUUAUCGUCAUUUUAUGUUUUAUUUAUGAUGAACUAGAUUUACAUGUACAUGUACCAGUAUGCCUCGGUUCCACGAUGGAUCUAUAGUAUACCAAUAUGCCUCCGUUCCAUGUAUUUGUUAAAUAUACCUCGUAUAGCUUAUAAAGACAUGUAGUUCAAGUUAUAUCUGUAGUGCAAUAAACAAUUUGAGGCCAGUUUUAAAUCUUUAAAAAAAACCAUGGCUUUUUAAUUCUAAAAAUAGACCAUCGUCACGCUUCGAAAUCUAAAACUGCAUUGCAUUUUGUUAUUUUAUGUGUAUUCAUAUUUGUCCGAGUGAAUAUGAAUACGAUUCACUGUGUAUUUAAUAUUGUUAAUGCAGUAUGUAUAUAAAACUGCAAGUAGGUUUUAUCCUAUAAAUUUUAUUGUAGAGACGUGCUUGCUUAAUUAGAAGGUUUGAAACAAUUAUCAGUCUCUAAUAGGCGUUGUUUGUAUUGUAAUAUAUUUUCCCAUUCGUUACAAAGUGCCUUCUGUGAUGUUUUUUCGUUGAUAUGUCAUUCAUGAUUAAGCGACCUGCAUUGAAUACUCAAUUUUGUUGUAAGACAAGAACGUGAAAAAUUCUUAGAUGUACUUUCAUGCAGAAUGUUAAAGCUGAAAAACGAUCAAAGCUCUCCUAUAUGAAAAAGCGUAUGUAUUUGUUAUUAUGUUAUGUCUAUUAUCUGUGAUAUG